CUUUCGUUCUAAGACUAAAGAACAUUCCUUUGAGGCGCAGUAAAAGCAGUGUGCACGGGGACUGAUCCAGGCGGAGCUGGAGGUGAUGACUGCAUCUGCUGAAGGUUCGACGUGCAGCACAGAGUAAAGUGUUCCAGAGAAACGGUGCAUACGAGUGAUGAGGCACAAAAUCCCUCAGUUUCUCACGUUUCAGGAGAUUCUAGAGGAAAACACCUCGAUCCUCAGCACAGCUACGCUUUCCAUGUCCAUACUUGUGCAGAUUCCACGCAGGUAUUUAUCUGAGUGAGAGAGGAUUCAGUGCCACACCUCAUGUUCUUGAUGAGAGGAACCUUCUCUCCUGCCUGAAAACUCAACAACUUUUGUUCUUGACUUGAGGCUACAUCUGUUUUUUUACAGUUUGAGGUUAGUUUUAGUUCUAUUGCUGUUGUUCUGCACAAUAAUUUUUAAUUCAUGUGGAAAUAUGUUUACAUAAACACAAUAGAGGCCUGGUUCUCAACUAGACUGAUGUUUUGUAUAUCAUAAUAGUUUUCUACAACUUUACAUUAUUUGGAUAAAAAAUCUGUUAAAUUUGAUUGUUACCGAACUGAAUGAAGAAUAAUAUAUUUAGUAUUGUUUUUGUUUUGGUGUUAAUCUCAAUGAAAGUGAUCAUUUUAUUGGCUUGUAGUUUUUCAAUUCAGAUUCAUUAUAUUCAUGAAAUGAAUAAAAAAUUAUAAUAUUAAUUCAGUUAUACAAAAAACUAUUUUCGGUUUCGGCCCAGAAUUUCUUUCGGUGCAUCACUAAUAUGUGUGCUGUACAAGGUGUGUGUGUGUGAGAGAGAGAAGGGAGAGAGCGAGAGAGAGAGAGAGCUACAUUCCAUUUUAGACUCCACCCUCUGGAAGGUAAAACAGAUGAAACCAGUUUUUCUGGUCAGCGUCACUCUGUAACUAAAGUUUGUUGGACAUCAAGCAUUACACGCUGUGGCCAGCAGGUGUCUCAGCAGGUGUGCAGAUUACAGCAGGUCACAACCGUUCGGUGAAAGUGAAACUCACCUGCGCCGUUUCCAGACGAAGUUCUUUGGGGGAAACAGUUAUAAUAGCUGUGAUAUAUACACAUGAUGUCCAAAAUGAAUCUCUCUGAGGAAGAAAACACAGCCACAGGAAAGAGUGUGAUUCAGGGUAAGAGAUCAGACUCACCAGAACCCAGCUGUGUGUCAAUGAAGAGUGACCAGUCUAUGGAAACUCCAACAAGAUUUAAAGACCAUUCUACUUUUCGAAGUGUGAUUCAGGGUAAGAGAUCAGCCUCACCAGAACCCAGCUGUGUGUCCAUGAAGAGUGACUGGUCUAUGAAACGUCCAAAAAGUUUUAAAGAGCAAGACCAUUCUACUGACCUCAGAAUCCAAAAGGAAAAAUCCAAAACUGUCAGUGGAACAGAACAAAAUUAUCAGAUGAACAUGAAUGAUAACAAACCACAGAAUGAGCUGGAUCUCGUCUCUGAGUAUCAGAGAAAACUCAAAUCCACCCUGAGAGAGAAGUUUAAAAGAAUAAAUGAAGGAAUCUCACGGCAUGGAAGUUCAGCACUUCUGAAUGCGAUCUACACAGAUCUCUACAUCACAGAGGGGUGGAGUGGAGACGUCAAUAAUGAACAUGAGGUGAGACAGAUUGAGACAGCGUCCAGGAGACCAGCAGCACAGGAGAAGCCCAUCAAACAUAAUGAUCUCUUUAAAGACAAGUCCAUCAGAAGUGUUCUGACUGAAGGAGUUGCUGGAAUUGGAAAAACAGUCUCUGUGCAGAAGUUCAUUCUGGACUGGACUGAAGGAAAAGCAAAUCAGGACGUCUUCUUCAUGUUUCCACUUCCCUUUAGAGAGCUGAAUCUGAUGAAGCAGGAACAUCUCAGUCUGAUGAAUCUUCUUCAUCACUUUUUCCCUGAAAUGAGAGAACUAGAAGUAAUAGACUGUGACUCCUACAAAGUCCUGUUGAUCUUUGAUGGUCUGGAUGAGUGUCGACUUCCUCUAAAUUUCCAGAAGAAUGAGAGAUUGUGUGAUGUGACAGAGUCAGCCUCAGUGGAUGUGCUGCUGACAAACCUCAUCAAGGGGAAUCUGCUUCCCUCUGCUCACCUCUGGAUCACCUCUCGACCAGGAGCAGCCAAUCAGAUCCCUCCUGAGUGUGUAGACCAGGUAACAGAGGUACGAGGGUUCAGUGAUCCUCAGAAAGAGGAGUACUUCAGGAAGAGGAUCAGUGAUCAGAGCCUGGCCAAUAAAAUCAUCUCACACAUGAAGUCUUCAAGAAGCCUCUACAUCAUGUGCCACAUCCCAGUCUUCUGCUGGAUCUUAGCCACUGUUCUAGAGAGAAUGUUGGGUGGAGCAGAGCGUGGAGAGAUCCCCAAGACUCUGACUCAAAUGUUCACACACUUCCUGAUCUUUCAGAUCAAACACAAGGACCAAAAGUACCAUCAGAAAUGUGACCCUGAUCCUCAGCAGACCAGAGAGAGUAUCCUGGCACUGGGAGAACUGGCUUUCCAGCAGCUGGAGAAAGGAAACCUGAUCUUCUAUGAGGAAGACCUGAGAAAGUGUGGCAUUGAUGUGAGAGAAGCGUCAGUGUACUCAGGAGUGUGUACCCAAAUCUUCAGAGAGGAGUUUGGGCUUCACCUGGGGAAGGUGUUCAGCUUUGUACAUCUGAGUGUUCAGGAGUUUCUGGCUGCUUUAUACACAUUUCUCUCCUUCAUCAGCAGAAAUGUAACAGAACAACCAACCAAUUAUCUGUCUGAUCUUCUCAACAAGUCAGACAUGUCUGAUCUCCUGAGCAGUGCAGUGGACAAGGCCUUACAGAGUGAGAACGGACACCUGGACCUGUUCCUCCGCUUCCUUCUGGGUCUCUCACUGGAGUCCAAUCAGACUCUCUUACGAGGCUUAAUGCCCCAGACAGGAAGCAGCUCUCACAGCAAACAGGAAACAGUCGAGUACAUCAAGGAGAAGAUCAGGGAGAAUCCAUCUCCAGAGAAAUCCAUCAAUCUGUUCCACUGUCUGAAUGAACUGAAUGAUGAUUCUCUAGUGCAGGAAGUACAAACUUACCUGAACAGAAGAGGCUACAGUCGUCUCAGUGGAACCAGUCUCUCUCCUGCUCUGUGGUCAGCUCUGGUGUUUGUGUUACUGAGCUCAGGACAGGAUCUGGAUGAGUUUGAUUUGAGGCAAUAUGACCCAUCAGAGGAAUGUCUUCUGAAGCUGCUGUCAGUGGUCAAAGCCUCCAGAAAAGCUGAUCUGCAUGACUGUAAUCUGACGGAGGAAAGCUGUAGAGAUCUGUCCUCAGUUCUCAGCUCAAACUCCUCUAGACUGAGAGAACUGAACCUGAGUAAGAAUAACCUGCAGGAUUCAGGAGUGAAGCUGCUCUCUGCUGGACUGGAGAAUCCACACUGUACACUGGAGAUACUGAGUCUGUGUAGGUGUAAUCUGACAGAGGAAAGCUGUAGAGUUCUGUCCUCAGUUCUCAGAUCAAACUCCUCCAGACUGAGAGAACUGAACCUGAGUUACAAUAACCUGCAGGAUUCAGGAGUGAAGCUGCUCUCUGCUGGACUGGAGAAUCCACACUGUACACUGGAGAUACUGCAGAUGUAUUACUGCUCUAUUGAAGAUGAAGGUUGUGUUGCUCUGGGUUCAGCUCUGAAGUCAAACUCCUCAUCACAGCUGAGAGAACUGAAUCUGAACGGUAAUAAAACAGGAAAAAAAGGAAUGAAGCUGCUCUCUGAAAUACUGAACAAUCCAGAAUGUAAACUGGAGACACUACACAUUACCAUGAGAAAAAUCCAGAAUGGGUCUCAUACAGAGGAUGCUGUGGACUGAAUGAAGACGUUCAGUGUGUCGUCAAUCCACCCCCCACCCCCUACCCCCCACCCCCCACCUCACCACACCCCAAUCUUUACUAGUCUUUACUGGUCAAAUCUGUAAAUCUUUCAUGUUUUUUUAAUUACCAGUUUUAAUAACCAAGAAAUGGCAAAGUAUAAACUCUUCUAUCCUGAAUACUUUCCCAUGUCUUAACAACUCAAAAUUACUGGAAAAUGUUACAUAAACAUUUUAGGACUAUUAGUGACUAUUAUGUUAAUGUCACCUUUUGACCCAAGAUGGCGCCAGUGUGCCUGUCGGCAUGCCGUCUCUCUUGUCUUUCCCGCCUAUUACAGUUUGUUCUAUCUGUUAUGUCUGUUCGUCUGGCAUCUGUGCUGUUUUUACUGUGUAUCGUGUCACACUGGUAUCAUGUAGAUUCAGUGUUGACCUACAAUCAUCAAGCUUUGCUUAACAUCAGAAGCUGUACAGGAGCUCAUCUGGGGUUUUGUCCUGCUCUGUAUUCUCGUUUUCAAUCCUCGUCCAGCCGACCCGCGGUGGAGUGUGCUCGCCUGAGACCUCGCUGCUUUCCUCCUCUAAGGAAGCGCCGCAGGAAGAGAGGGAAUCGUGCUGGUGUUCGGGUGAGAAUCAGAUGGACAAUCGCUUCCUCCAGACAAUCGAUUCAGUUUCCCUUGGUUACUAUCACUUUGGAGGUGGUCAUGGGAUUAAAGAUAUGUUUUACAUCUGCCUAUCUUCCUACACUUCCUACACUCAUCUAAUUGCUCUGCUCCUCCACGAUUACGGAUUCGUCAGAGAAGAGUGAACUGUUUAAAUCUCCGGCACAUGGAAUUCAUUUCACCGGAUCUGACCUCGUUACCUCAGUCUCCUCUGAAUAUGGCCCUAGUUAACGCUCGCUCCGUGUGCAACAAAACUUUCAUUUUAAAUGACUUUUCUGCCAGACAUAGUUUUUUAUAUUUUAUUCCUGACGGAGACCUGGGUCAGUCCUGGUGAAUCAACCAUCUUCGAGGAACUCUGUCCACCGAACUGUUGUUUUAUUAGUACUCCAAGGCCCUUUAUUAGUACUCCAAGGCCUUCUGGUAAGGGCGGUUGGGUUGCUAUGGUUUUUAAACAGUCACUGAACAUUCGGAGAGUGUCUGUUGGGAUUUACUCAUCGUUUGAGGUGCAGUGUGUUGUGCUUUGAUCUAUAGGCCACCUAACCCGGACAAUGCCUUUUAAAGUGUUUUUUGUGAUUUUUCAACUUCUAUUGUUCCGUUGUAUAAUCGUUUGUCAUUAUUGGGUGAUUUUAAUGUGCAUGUCUGCUGCCCUGGUCGACCCUUGGUUACUGAAUUUUGUAAUAUCUUGAAUUCCUUUGGUUUUAUUCAACACAUAAAUCAGGCAACUCAUGUCCUUGGUCAUACUCUAGACCUUAUAUUGUCAUAUGGAACCGCUGUUGAUGAUGUUAAUAUUGAAGAUGCUUCCUUCUCUGAUCACAAGCCCAUUGUUUUUAAUGUCCCUGCUGCCAGCUCUGACUAGUCCCUCAGGAUAUUACUCCUGUGUUAUUAAUUCACUCACUGCCUCUCAGUUUAGUGAAAGGUAUCGAGCUAAUGCUGUUGAAAGCUCUAUCUUGGGUGCUGCAGAGUCUUCUUCUGGCCCUGAUGAUUUGAUUGCCUUAUUUUACACAUUUUGUUAUAAUAUUUUAGAUUCCAUUGCCCCUUUUAAGCUAAAACAACCAAAUCGUAAAUCUUAUUACCUGCCGAGCGGAGAUGGAACAUGAUCAUUUAACCGUGUCCUUUCAGAUUUUUAAAGAUUGUCUGUUUAAAUUUCAGAAUGCAGCCAAGUCAGCUAGGUCUAGGUAUUUCUCUGAUUUAAUCACUACACACUGUCAUAGACCUAAGAUUUUAUUCACCACGAUAAAUUUAAUUAUUAAUCCCAGUUGCCAAUUCCAUGGGGAACCCUCGGCUGAACUUUGUGAGAAGUUUUUUAAGUUUUUUGCUGAUAAAGUAAUUACCAUUCGUUCUUCCUUCACUUCGCAGAUCUCAGACCUGUCCCCGAAUUCACUGCUAUACCGGUUUCCUUUAAUCAUUUUCAACACGUUUCUCUAAAGGAACUGAGUGAUCUGGUUAACCAGAUGAAAAUAACAGCCACUACACUUGAUGUUGUUCCUUCUGUGAUUAUGAAAGCAGCUUUGUCUGAAAUUGUGCUCAGUAUCCAGGUGUUGAUAAAUUCACCUUUGGAUGCUGGGGUGGUCCCAAAUUGUUUUAAGCAUGCUAUUGUUCAACCUUUGCUUAAGAAACAGGGUUUGGAUGAACAUUGCUUUAAUAAUUAUCGGCCUGUCUCUAAGCUACCGUUUCUAUCAAAGCUGUUAGAGAAAGGAGUACAGUCAAUUGCUCCUGUUUUUAAAUUCAGCUAAUUAAUUGGAACCUUUACAAUCUGGUUUCACUGCUUUUCAUAGCAUGGAGUCUGCUUUGUUAAAAGUGUCCAAUGACAUUUUACUGGCAGUUGAUGCUACUAGAUCUUACAGCUGCCUUUGAUACUGUACACCAUAACAUACUUCUCUAGCGCUCAGAGCAUCUGUUUGGUAUCAAGGGUACCACCCUACAAUGGCUCAGCUCAUAUCUUAAGGACAGGUCCUUUUCGCUAGCGUUGGGUAAUUUCUGCUCUUCUUCUAGUCCUAUUAUUAGUGGUGUUCCUCAAGGUUCCAUUCUGGGCCCACUUCUUUUUAACUUAUAUAUGCGUCCAUUGGGGAAUAUUAUUAGGGCACACAAUAUCUCUUUUCAUUUAUAUGCUGAUGAUACCCAGUUGUAUAUUCCAUUGAAAGCUGGUGACUCCAUUCAGCCAUUGUUGGACUGUCUGGACGACAUUAAAAAAUGGUUAACAAAUAAUUUCCUCCGACUUAAUGAAGACAAAACCGAAAUAAUUGUUUUUGGCCCCCUGAGCUUGAGAGAUGGUCUCAUUAAUGAGCUUCAUAAUCACUUUCUCUCAAUUUCUUCCCAGGUUAGGAACCUUGGCUUCAUUCUGGACUCAGAAUUAUGCUUAACCAAGCAAAUAAAUUCGGUCGUUAAGAAUAAUUUUUAUCAACUACGGAUUUCUAAACUUAAAACAUUUUUGUCUUUCCAGGAUUUGGUGAAGGUUAUUCAUGCUUUUAUCACUUCGCACUUAGAAUAUUGAAAUUCAUUGUACUGGGGUCUUCCUCGGUCAUCUCUGGCUCGUCUUCAGAUGGUUCAGAAUGCAACUGCAAGGCUGUUGACCAGGGCAAAGAAUUUUGAUCGUGUCACCACAAUUUUAGCAUCGCUCCGGUCCAUUUUAGGAUUCAGUUUAAGAUUCUGAUGUUUGUUUUUAAAACUCUUAAUGAUCACGCUCCUUCCUAUCUCGAGGAUCUUCUUACACCACAUUCAUUGAACAGACUUCUAAGAUCUUCUGAUAGGUUUCUUUUGCAUGUCCUUCGAUCCUUCGUUAAAAAUAAAGGGGGAUAGCUCUUUUUCAGUUGCUGCCCCUCGUCUAUGGAAUCAAUUGCCACUGGACAUCUUCUUGCCUUGCACCUUCUAUUACCACUUUUAAAAAGAGGCUUAAAACAUAUCUCUUCUCCCAGGCGUUUUAAUCUCAUUUUUACUUGUCUAUUGUCUGUAUAUUAGUUUUAUUCUGUUUUACUUUCCUUACUCUGUUCAGCACUUUGGUCAGCUUCGCUGUGUGAAAUGUGCUACAUAAAUAAAAUUUACUUACUUACUUA